AUGAAUAUUAGAAAACUUCGAACACAAAUUACUCCACAAAAUAAUGAUGCUCGAAAUGAACGUUUACGUUCAAAAGAUCGUCAAUUAAUAAUAAUGCUUCUUAUUCAAGUUCUUAUUACAAUUCUUUGUACAUUACCAUUUUCAGUUGUUAAUAUAACAUCAAUGAUUUUUCAAUAUUUAAUAACAUUAUUUGAUUAUGGUGAUGCAAUAAAUACAUUUUAUACAUUUCGUAAUGAAAUGAAAUGUAUGAUUAUGGAAGCAAUAAGAUUUAUUUUGACAAAAUUAGGUUUGGAAAGAUUUAUACCAUCGGAAAGACAAGGACAAGUUCGUAGAAUUACACAUGAAAAAGCAGUAUCAACAAUGCUUCAAGAAAUACAUGAACAACUUGAAAAAACAAUUCGAAUGAGUUUACAAACAACACUCAAUCAAGUUUAUAAAGAAAAAGAUCUUGAUGCAAAAAAUCGUUUUGCUAAAUAUUCAAAUCAACUAAAUGAUGUUAAAACUCGUUUACAACGUGAAAUUUAUGGCAAUACACAUCCCGGAUCACGGGAAAAUUCCACAUACAAUAUCGUUCAACAAUAA